UGGACUUUGCGCUUCCCAACUACGGCCGCCCUCGUAGACUACUUUGAUAGAAAAGCGCUGCUUCAGAGAUAUUGACGAGGCUCCAUCAGUGAAGGUUGCGGCAAGAUUAUGAGACAGCUUGACGUUGCGGGUAAGCUCAAGAGCCGGCGCAGGGAGGCAAAUCGGUCACACUACAAUUAUUGCCUGCUUCCCAAUUCAUCCGCUUACCACCGCGUUGUGGACCGCAAGCCAAGAGAGCAUGAACUGUCAAGCGGGAAGCGAACUGCGGAUUAGAAGUAGAACGCCAGCCCAAGCUGUUCG